AGACCUAAUUUUGGAAGUGAUCUGGUGACAAAGAAGCAAAUCAGCUGACUUUCACUUUGUUCAUUCAUUCAUUGACUUUACUGAAAGUGGUGUGUUGUUGUUCUUGUUGUGGUCUUGCCUUGUGGCAUCUCCAGUCAUGAUGAUGUGUGUCUCGGUCUCACUCUGCCUAUGUCGUCAGUCGGUGGGAAGUGAUCCAGUGACAGUGUGCAUCAUCAUGCAAUGCAUUGAAUGGAUCGAAUGGAAAAUGGGUGCCUGCCUGGCUGUGGACUCAGGACUGUCAUAUACUCAGACUGUCAUAUACUCAUGACUGACUGUGUCUGUGACAGUCUGUCCGUGUCACUGUCAACACUGACACUGUCACUAGUGUCAGGGGUCGACUGUCAGUGUGUUGGUGGAUCAGAGUAGACCGACUAUCGUUGUAUCGACAAAGGCUCUGUUUGUGAAGUGUUUACUUUCUUUCUCGCAUUAACCUUUUAGUUGACAUAGAAAUUUGUUUAGGGGCACUGGCCAGUCAUCCGUUUUACCUUGAACAAACGUGAAGAUUUGUUUUCCCGACCCUAGGAGUAGGCUAGAUGGUACAAGCAUAUCUGGCAAAAGCUAAGGCCUAUCGGUGGUUAUGCCUGGUGGCGGUUUUUUAGCAGUGCUAUGUGGAAUGAAUGACGUCUUUUUCCCAGUUUCAGAUUACAUGUAGCCUACAGUUACACGACAACAAUGCUGAUUGAAUAAGGUGUUUGUUUUCAUGACAUUCCUGUGGAGAUAGAAGUCAUAUGAAGAAAUUUGCAGAGGAGUGCAUCAAUCAGAUCUCUGCUUCGAUGGGUGCGGGGGCAAGCACUUUCAACUCGUCCUCGUCUUCCCUCUUCAAUCGAUCCAAUGAGGCAGUGGCAACAUGCGAGGCAUGCUCGGUGCCAUUUACUUUUUUGAAGAGAAAAAAAUUGUGUUGUGUGUGUCAGAACAACUAUUGCACCGCCUGUGUCAUCCGUGAUCAAGGUGGGCUGCGGACAUGUAACAAGUGUCGUAUCCUCUCCUCGCGGCGUCUUAGCCGUAGCGAACUCAUGCAGCUCAAAAUCAAAGAUCUUCGCCAGUAUUUGCUCAUGAAGAAUAUCACAAUGGACGGCUGCAAGGAAAAGAAGGACCUGGUUGAACUUAUUGUGAAAAGUAACAAUGGCCAGUCGACUGUGGAGUUACAGCGGCAGCAGCAACAAGCUCAUCAGGAAUGGGUAGAACAACUUGCUAGGCAGCAUCAAGAGACCCAAACAAGUGAAGGACAGGGUAGUCAGUCCAGCGGAGAGUCCCUUGAGGCAGAGGAAAGCCCUCCGCAAGCAACGCAACACAGCCCAUCCACGUCAUCUGAAGACUGGAUACCUCAUACUGCUGAAGAAACUCAAUCUGCUGAAUUGAUGCAAACAGUCCAUCAUGAUACUCCAGAGUCUAACGAGCCAGAUCAGCCUGCACCCCCACGGCGGAUGACAUUAGAACAACUACAGCAUGAAAGUGAUAUUGAUGAACUCUCUGUGAGACAGCUCAAGGAAGUUUUGGCAAACAAUUUUGUCGAUUAUAAAGGAUGUUGUGAAAAAAGAGAGCUUGUUGAGCGAACUAAGAGACUCUGGAAUGAAAAUCAGAGACAAUGGCAGCGAAUACAUUCUAAAAAUUCUCGUCAGAAAAAUCGAGCUGGUGCUUCCAGUCAGAAUAGAAGAGACUCUCAAAAGAAAAGGUCAUUCUGGUCACUUAUAUUUCCGUCGAGUGGUUUGCCAUCUGUUCCAACACCUAACGACCCUGGUGUCCCUCCUCCUUCAUAUGGGGAGGCAACUCAAUCCGAUCCAAGUCAUUCAUCUCUAUGUAAUCCGGCCGAUGACGAUGAGGAGGAAGACGGAAUGUGUAAAAUCUGCAUGGACGCUCCAAUCGAUUGCGUAUUACUCGAAUGUGGACAUUUUGUGGCAUGUACGAAAUGCGGGAAAAGACUAUCUGAGUGUCCGAUAUGCCGGCAGUAUGUUGUGAGAGCUGUCCAUAUAUUCAGAGCAUAAAUGUUAAGUUACUCUUUGUUGUUACUCUUUCGUGUCUGAGGAAAUUUUCUCAUGGAUCGGAACUGUUUUGGAAUGGUUUUCUCGAUGACUUAUCCAAGGUUUUUUUCUAUUUUAUUUAUCCAAGAGCUUUCGCCGGUGUGAUGAUUCACUCCUGAGAAUUUGAUCCCCAACUGACUGAGAAUCUCACAAAUGUGACCCGCUCUACCAAAACUAGGCACUUGUCGCAUCUGAACUUGACAGGUUGAUACGGACUUGUUGUUCAUUUCCCUAUUGUAGACCUUUUGUGAAAUGAGACUAAAUCAGUUUGUAAUAGAUUUUACAAAAGGUCUACAA